CUGAUAAUUGACUAAGUAAGUUACAAGUGUAAAGUUUGGGAUUUGAGUGCAGGUGGAUCCGGCUCACUUUCAACUCUUUGAAGUAUGACAAAAUAAUUAUUUUGAACUUUUAUUGUAUAUUUAUGUUUCAUUAAACCUACUCGUAUAAUAUAUUCAACUGUAAUUUAAUUACUGAAAAAAUGUGUGUAGUAUAACUAUUUUCAUAUUUUAAAACUUAUAAGUAAUUAUAACUUAUCUCUACCUACUCCAUUAUUAAUUGGUUUGCAGCUACAUCAAAGUAUCAAACUUUAUACAAAUCUUCUUUGUUUUAGGUUAUCCAGUUUUAAUUAUCAAUAUUUACCAUGCCUAAGUGUGAUGUAUGUUGCAAAGAAUUUAGUCUCGGAAAAAAUUUAAAAAGACACAUGGUAAAUGUACAUAAAGUACCUUCUAUUUCGAAGCCUAACAUAACUACUAAAGAAUCCAAACACAAAUGUCCUCUAUGUAAACUAGCAUUUGUUGAAAGAAGUUCACUUAGACGACACGAAAGGUCAAAACAUCAAGUCAACAUCACAGCUCCCAUAAGGAUCAAAAAAUCUAUUGAUUGCAUAACAUUCGAGCCCAGCAAUUUAGAUGAUUUUCCAUUACUAAAGGAAUUAGUACCUAUAAAUUAUGUUUACAAAGUGACUUGCUAUCAACAGUUUGAAAAUAAUGGAUUGAAAUCAACAUUUGAAAUUGCUGAUUGUGCUGUGGAUGUAUUUUUUGGGUGGUUUUCAGAAUUAGAGAAAAAAACUAAAGUUACCUACAGAGUGAAAUCAUUUACUAAGUCACCGAGCUCGAAAAUUAUAUUUAAUAAAGUAUAUAGAUGCAUUCAUAAUACAUUUCCCAAUAAGUAUCGAAACCCUCAUCCGAAGCACACAGGAUGCCAAGCCACAUUAACUGUAAGAAUAAAAAUAUGUAGUGAAGCUUUAUCUGUUAAAAAUACAAUGGCUGAUAAUAAUGUGAUAAUGAUUCCUCUUAAAGCAAUUGUGACACUCAAUCAUUUUCAUAAUCAUAUGCUGGUAGAAAAUGAGAAACUAAAAAAAAUAAAAGAAAUACAGUGUAAAGAUACCUCUGUGGAAGAUCACACAACAGAAAACGAAUUAAGUAUAAUGCAUUUUGACGAGUUUAACAGUACACAGCAAAAUACAACAUUAAGUAAUUCACAAGUAUCUAUCAAAAAUAAUAUAAUUAAUACUAGUACAACAGAUAGUACAACAGAACUAGAUAAAAAGCUAUCUACAUUGAAUAAAACUGAAAAAAAACUUGAAAUAGAUAAUAAUAAAAUAAUUGAGCCCAUUGAGAAUGAUAAUUUUGAAUUAUCUGAAGAAUAUGAUAAAUAUAUUUUAGUUGAAAAUGUGCAUAUCCAAAGUUUGUUAUGUGAUAAUAAUGAAAGUGAACUAAACCAAUUAAUGUCUGAUUAUGAUGCAGUUAAUGAAAGAAUUUUGCAACAAUUUACAUCAAAUCCUAAUUAUUUCAAGAAGGCAAUUAAAGAUUACACAUUAGCAAUGAAAAAUAAUUUGAUUUCUAAAGAAUCUUUAUUAAAUACAUUGAAUUCAUUUGGAGAACAAUUGAAAGAAAAUAAAAAAUAAUAUUCUAAUAUUCUAAUUGUUUGAAAAAAUUAUAACAUUGUGGACUAUUGUGGUCCAAAUUACAAUUUAAUUCUGCAAGAUUUAUUGAAGCAUAGCAAACAUAAUAUGUUGCAUUUAGGUUUGGUACUGUCAUAUUGUACAUACCAAAUAGACGUGUCAAAUUAAACGUAUACUGUUAUACUGUGAGUCUUAAUUUAUUGUUCUUUAAUAUACUUAAAUCAUUGAUUGUAUUAAAAAAAAAAAAGUUUACGCAUCUUGUAAUUUUCCGAUGAAAGAUAAAACACUUGUGUUUUGAGUGUACCUCUUAUUGUAAAUAUUUGAAUUGUUACCCGGGUUGGCGGGCUGCAGUUCAGCAGCUGAAUGAUUGUCGUUUUCAAACGAUUACAGUGUUCGUCGGUUUUGGCGCCAAAGACGACGGUGGAUAAAAAAACGCGGUAACAUUAUGUUGGCAACGGUGCGCAUACGGACGCCGUCCAAUCGCCGUCGUCGUUAUUAUCGCCAAUCGUGUCGCCUGUUAGACACUCCGUUGGCCAAUCAACGACCCCGUUACUGUUACCCGUCUACCGCUGCCGUGAUCAAUGACGUAGAUCUCUCUACCACAAACAAACCGUCGCCAUUGUCUAAUCGCUAGUGCAGUUCAUUGCCGUGUUGUUGUUUGUCUCCGCUCUCCGACGUCGUCCGUUCACUUUCGUCGUUCACCAGUCGUUGGAUUUUAUUUUUUGACUU